UGACCGUAGGUACUGCCCAGCCAAGAUGGCUGACAGCAUCCCAUUAAAUCCAAUACGGAAGAACUCGAAGAGAAUCCCGUAUUACAAUUCCUCCAGACUUUCAAGAUACUCUCUAGAAGAUGAACCCUCUAACCUGGAUGAGAUGCCUCUGAUGAUGUCGGAAGAAGGCUUUGAGAAUGAUGAGAGUGAUUACCAGACGCUGCCCCGGGCCCGAGUCAAUCAGAGACAGAGAGGCCUCGGCUGGUUCCUCCUAGGAGGGUGGAAAGUCCUCUGUGGCAGCUGCUGCGACUGCCUGGUUCAUAUUUGUCGAAGGAAGAAGGAGCUGAAGGCCAGGACAGUGUGGCUUGGCUCCCCGGAGAAAUGUGAAGAGAAGUUCCCAAAAAAUGCCAUCAAAAACCAGAAGUACAACAUCUUCACAUUUGUGCCUGGGGUUCUCUACCAGCAGUUCAAGUUCUUCCUCAAUCUCUACUUUCUGGUGGUGGCCUGUUCCCAGUUUGUACCAUCACUAAAAAUCGGAUAUUUGUACACAUACUGGGCACCUCUGGGUUUUGUGUUAGCCGUUACAGUGAUGCGAGAGGCUGUGGAUGAAGUGCGACGGUACCAACGGGACAAAGAGAUGAACUCUCAACUCUACAGCAAGCUCACAGUGCGAGGUAAAAUUCAAGUGAAGAGUUCAGACAUACAAGUUGGGGAUCUGAUCAUUGUUGAUAAGAACCAAAGGAUACCUGCAGACAUGAUAUUCCUGAGAACGUCAGAGAAAAAUGGUGGAUGUUUCAUCAGAACUGAUCAGCUGGAUGGAGAAACCGACUGGAAACUGAAGGUUGCUGUUGGCUGCACUCAACGACUACCAGCAGUGGGGGAUCUCUUCUCUAUCAGCGCCUAUGUCUACGCCCAGAAGCCUCAGCUGGACAUCCACAGUUUCGAGGGGAACUUCACAAGGGAAGACACAGAUCCACAGAUCCACGAGAGUCUGAGUAUUGAAAACACUCUGUGGGCCAGCACAGUCGUUGCAUCUGGUAAAUAAAUGACAACUCUUAUUUCUUCUAUUAUCUACAUUAAUAAUGAAAUAUCUCCUGUUUUGACCUCUGACCUCUUGUCGCCAUAGGUUGGCUUACUGGACCUAGAGCUGAACCGUCUCACCAAAGCCCUGUUUCUGGCCCAGGUGGUUCUGUCCAUUGUCAUGGUAGCGCUGCAGGAGUUUGUGGGUCCCUGGUUAAGCAACCUAUGCCGAUUCGUUGUUCUUUUCUCUUACAUUAUCCCGAUCAGUUUGCGUGUAAACCUGGACAUGGGGAAGUCAGCCUACGGUUGGAUGAUCAUGAAAGACGAAAACAUCCCCGGCACUGUUGUGAGAACCAGCACCAUCCCCGAAGAACUGGGCAGGCUAGUCUACCUGCUGACAGAUAAGACAGGCACUCUGACACAGAACGAAAUGGUCUUCAAGCGGCUGCACCUGGGAACAGUAUCCUACGGCACUGACACCAUGGAUGAGAUCCAGAACCACAUAGUCAAGACAUAUGCACAGGUGACGUCCCAGCCCUCCAAUGGCAGCACCAGUGGGUCCACUCCGUCGCGGAAUACCCAGACGUCGGGCCCGAAAGUCCGCAAGAGUGUGAGCAGUCGCAUCCACGAGGCUGUGAAGGCCAUCGCAUUGUGUCACAAUGUCACGCCCGUCUAUGAGUCGCAUGCCAUCGUAAAUGGAGAGACGGAGUCGGCUGAAGCCGACCAGGACUACAGUGAUGACAACCGCACCUACCAGGCCUCUAGCCCUGAUGAGGUGGAGCUGGUGCGGUGGACGGAGAGCGUCGGCCUGACCCUGGUGAACAGAGACCUGAACUCUCUGCAGCUGAAGACUCCUUCUGGACAGAUUCUCUCCUUCCACAUCCUGCAGAUCUUUCCCUUCACCUCCGAGAGCAAAAGGAUGGGCAUCAUUGUCAGGGAGGAGUCAACAGGAGACAUCACUUUUUACAUGAAGGGUGCUGAUGUUGCCAUGGCAAGCAUCGUCCAGUAUAACGACUGGUUGGAAGAAGAGUGUGGGAACAUGGCCAGAGAAGGCCUGAGGACGCUGGUGGUGGCCAAGAAGUCUCUGUCUGAGGAGCAGUAUCAGGACUUUGAGAGCCGCUACAACCAGGCGAAGCUGAGUAUCCAUGACCGAGGCCUGAAGGUUGCGGCAGUGGUGGAGAGCUUAGAGAGGGAGAUGGAGCUUCUGUGUCUGACCGGUGUGGAAGACCAACUACAAGCAGACGUCCGGCCCACACUAGAGCUGCUCAGGAACGCUGGCAUCAAGAUCUGGAUGCUGACAGGAGACAAGCUAGAGACGGCUACAUGCAUCGCCAAAAGCUCCCACUUGGUCUCCAGAAACCAAGACAUCCAUGUAUUCAAACCGGUCUCAAGCAGAGGAGAGGCCCAUCUGGAGCUCAACGCCUUCAGAAGGAAGCAUGACUGUGCUCUGGUCAUCUCUGGAGACUCCUUAGAGGUGUGCUUGCGGUAUUACGAGCAUGAGUUUGUAGAGCUGGCAUGUCAGUGUCCAGCGGUGGUCUGCUGUCGCUGCUCCCCGACCCAGAAGGCCCAGAUCGUCACGCUCCUCCAGCAGCACACCGCCAACAGAACCUGUGCCAUAGGUGAUGGAGGAAAUGAUGUCAGUAUGAUCCAGGCUGCAGACUGUGGUAUCGGAAUUGAAGGAAAGGAAGGGAAGCAGGCGUCCCUGGCCGCAGACUUCUCCAUCACUCAGUUUAAGCACAUCGGUCGCCUGCUCAUGGUUCAUGGCAGGAACAGCUACAAGCGCUCUGCAGCGUUGGGUCAGUUUGUCAUGCACAGAGGCAUGAUCAUCUCCACCAUGCAGGCCGUCUUCUCCUCAGUAUUUUAUUUUGCCUCUGUGCCCUUGUACCAGGGUUUCCUCAUGGUUGGGUAUGCCACCAUGUACACCAUGUUUCCUGUGUUCUCCUUGGUUCUGGACCAAGAUGUAAAGCCAGAGAUGGCUCUUCUCUACCCAGAGCUUUAUAAAGACCUCACCAAGGGGCGCUCUUUAUCUUUCAAGACUUUCCUCAUUUGGGUUUUGAUUAGUGUGUAUCAAGGUGGCAUCCUCAUGUACGGCGCGUUGGUGCUGUUCGAGUCGGAGUUCGUGCACGUGGUCGCCAUCUCCUUCACAGCCCUCGUCCUGACGGAGCUGCUGAUGGUGGCGUUGACAAUUCGCACCUGGCACUGGCUCAUGGUGGUGGCCGAGUUCUUCAGCUUAGGCUGCUACCUGGCCUCGCUCGCCUUCCUCAACGAGUACUUUGGCAUAGGCAGGGUGUCCUUUGGAGCUUUCCUUGACUUGUCGUUCAUCACAACUUGGCCUUUCCUGUGGAAGGUGUCCGCCAUCACGUUGGUCAGCUGUCUUCCUCUCUACAUAUUAAAAUACCUGAAACGCAAGUUUUCCCCACCAAGCUACUCCAAACUAUCCUCAUGAGCCAAACUUGGAUUACUCCAGUUUGUUUUGUUUGAGCUUUCCAUUUCCUGCACUUUUUUUACUCGCUGAUCUUCAGUGAUGAACAGGUAAGGAACCACUGGAACAAAUUGGAAAAUGGAGAGAAAUGAAUUGUUCUUUGGAUUAUUUCACUGAGACUUGGGAUUACUUGAAAAAAAAAACAGUAGCACAUAAAAACAGACUAUAAAAGGAUGGAUUCAGUCACGCAAAAGAAGGAAAGAAGGGCAAACUGGUGUAACUGACUGCACUUAGAACUUGCCCCCAUUUUGUCAAUCUGCCUUUUUUUUUUUUUUUUUUUUGAAGCAUUUUAACAAAUAGGCUUCAAAUGUCAUUUUAUACAGUUGUGAUGCAUUUCUUUCAGUGUUUAAAUUUUUACAAGUGGAGUUUUUUUUAAGUGUUAUUUUUUAUUCCAGCUAUUAAUUACAGCUUCCGGCCUGUGUCUUUGAACAGAGUUGAGUUGCUGUAAGGGAUAAAAAAAAAAAAAAAGACUGCAUUUAUUUUAACGUUUUCCUGUUAAAGUUCUUGUAAGUAAAGCCUUCACGCGCAGCUUUGAUCACAACGGCUGUCGAUGUAAAACCUCACUGCUUUAAAUGAGAACAGUUACGAUGACAUUCACAAAGAAAAUGUUGGGCUUCAAACUGAAUUCCUGUGUGUAUGCUGCUUUAUGUCCUUUACAUUUUUAAGACGCAGAAUGACAUCAUCAACCAUCAUCUCCGUAGUACAAAACCAGCACUCCAUAGACUUACAGUAAUGUUAAUAUAAAAAUAAAUAGAAAAGAACAGCACAUAGCAUCAUUGUAUUGUCCGCAUAUUUGGCCUUGAUUACAGAAUUUUGUCAUUUAAUGUCUGCCGGUGGCCACAGGUCCUCCUGUUGGGACAUGGCAGCUGGCUCUGUGCCUCUUUAUGACAUACGUUAAUGUACUGAAGCUGCAUCUCACAGCAUUUGGAUGUUAAAACAAUCAAAGUGUGGGUUAGUGUUUGUCUUUGUUACCUCGGAGGUCAGAGCUGAACUUCCAGUAGCUUGAAUUGAACUGUUGAAAUGCUGAAUUACUUUUUCUGAAGGUAGAACCACUUUAAAAGUCCUGAUGAAGGAGCCUGAGCCACUGCUUGCUGUAAAGGACGUGUUUUAGCCUUUAUGGACAAUAUGACUCCCCUUGGCUUCGGUGUGACUUCGGCCUGUAGCAGACGUUGACGUUCAGGCUCUUUUUAAAGGAGGAAUGAGUUUUAUCAUUCGCUCCAUGUACUGGAAGUGUUGAACACGGUUUGAGCACAGUGGACACAAACCAGAGAGAAAUGAGUUAAACAGAUAAACCUUUAAAUGUACAGUUCAGGAAACAGGGUGUGGCCUAGCUACGUUUAUGAGUCAGGUUGUCUUUCCUUUCUGAAUCCCAAUUGAGUUAAACUCAGGUUGAUCAUUCCUAAACAUAGCUGUAUUAUUUGGUUUCAUUCGUGGCAACCGACCGUGCUGUAAAAUGUAGCUACAUUGUACGAAAAACAGACAAAUAACGAAAGAGUUGGUGUGACUGCGACACUUUAAUGCAAAUUGCAUUUAGGUUUUUCAAUUUCAGAUUCUUAUGAAGUCUUUUUAGAAAUUCCAAAUGUUGAUUCCUGUGUUUUCUGUUGAGAUCUUGGUUCUGUGUUUGUGAUGUUGUUUAAUCUUUUCUUUCUCGUCAACUUGCUUUUCAUAGAAUUUCUAACAUUUUGUCUGUUAUAACAUUGUUAUUGAUUCAAGAAUAAUAAAAAGGGAGAACAGAUGCCAAAA